AUGGCCUUCCAAGCUCCGAUACCCAGGCCGAGCCUUGGGGCUGUAACAUCGGAUCUGUGGCCUUCAAUGUCAAAACUGCUGAAUGCGCCGUGGAAGAACGCCGGGCAUACCGCUCCCCAGCGCACGAUUGCGACUUCAACGGUAUGCUGUUCCCCGUCGGUUGAUAUUGGAUCGGGGGCCGACAUAUUGAUACCCUCGCAGGUACCAAACACUCUCCCGCUACCGGAAUGCCUGACCGCGGUGUCUUCGGAAGCUUUGAACUCGAGCAUUUUCGGCACGCCUCUGCGAAGUGGAUGGGCUCGUUCCUUGUACUGUGAACCAACAAUGUGGGCGACCCCGUCACUUGCGACCCACCGUCUUCCCUCGUCGUCUACCCGGUCUUACUCUACGUUAACUACACCUAUGAACCGUCUUCGCCCGGCGCCCAAGGUCAAUGGCCUCUCUCGGUUACAGCAGCAGCGCUUUGUGUUUGGAGGUCCCUCUCACAAUCUCUUGGCCCAGAAGGAGAAAACUGCCACCAACAACCCCAACAGCGCGAACGCCCAAAAUGCUUUCUACCAGGCUCUUCUCCGUGCCAAUAUGCCCUCGAUUGUUAUUGAACGGCACAACUGCGGUCAUUUCGCCAGUAACGCAGUCACGGCUCAACUCUACACGCAGGCAUUGCAGCGCGCCGGUGUACUGGGUCCCACGUCAACCGCCCCAGGCCCCAACCAGCCCAUGAGUCCUGAACAUCUGCAAACAAUCGGCGAGGCUGUCGCAACUCAGGUUCGUAAUGGAAAGCCUGCAUCGACUGCAACAACGCAAAGUGGCACCGGGGCGAAAGAUGCUCCGCUGUACGUGGUUGUGGAGGAGUCGAAGACCAGCCACAUCUUCCGAUGGAUGAAGGUUCUGGUAUGGAUGGUGUUUCUCUGGUAUACGAUCGGUGCUGCUUUGCAAUUCUUGAUCGAGACAUCCGGCAUGUUGAAGAAUCUAAAGGGCGCACCGACGAAUGAAGCUCAACCUCAGCAGCAAACUGUCCGCUUCAGUGAUGUGCACGGUUGCGAUGAAGCCAAGGAAGAGCUUCAGGAACUCGUUGAGUUCCUGUUGAACCCUGAGCGCUUCUCUUCUCUUGGUGGUAAGCUGCCUAAGGGUGUUCUCCUGGUCGGCCCUCCUGGUACCGGAAAGACCUUGCUUGCUCGUGCCGUGGCCGGAGAGGCGGGUGUCCCUUUCUUCUACAUGUCUGGCUCAGAAUUCGAUGAGGUAUACGUGGGAGUUGGAGCCAAGCGUGUUCGUGAACUGUUUACACAAGCUCGGAGCAAGUCGCCUGCCAUCAUCUUCAUCGACGAACUGGAUGCCAUUGGUGCCAGGAGAAACGACAAGGAUGCCGCUUAUGUCAAGCAAACCCUGAACCAGCUUCUUACCGAACUCGAUGGCUUCUCGCAGUCUACCGGCGUGAUUAUCAUUGCCGCUACCAAUUUCCCUCAACUGCUGGACAAGGCUCUGACGCGCCCUGGUCGCUUCGACCGCAAGGUCGCUGUCAAUCUCCCCGACGUCCGUGGACGUAUGGAUAUUCUCAAGCAUCACAUGAAGGAGGUCCAGAUCAGCACGGAUGUUGAUAUUGCGGUAAUUGCCCGUGGUACUCCGGGCUUCUCCGGUGCCGACUUGGAAAAUCUCGUUAACCAGGCUGCCGUGUAUGCCAGCCGAAACAAGAAGUUCAAGGUCGGGCCGAAGGACUUCGACUGGGCCAAGGACAGGAUCAUCAUGGGUGCUGAGUCCAAGAGCCGGUUUGUCCAGGACAAGGAUAAGCUCAAAACGGCAUACCACGAGGCCGGCCACGCUCUUGUUGCUUACUUCUCGCCGGCUUCUACGCCGCUUUACAAGAUCACCAUCAUCCCUCGCGGUAUGUCUCUGGGUUCGACGCAUUUCUUGCCCGAGAUGGAUAUGGUUUCGAAGGACUACACGGAAUACCUCUCGGAUAUUGAUGUUUCCAUGGGUGGUAGGGUCGCUGAGGAGCUCAUAUAUGGCUACGACAAAGUCACCAGCGGCAUCACGGCGGAUCUUCAAUCAGCCACUCGAACCGCCUUUACCCUGAUCACUCAGUUCGGAUACUCCGGGAAGCUGGGUAACGUGGAUCUCUUCACCAACUAUGACAGCCUGUCGUCGGAGACCAAACAGGAGAUCGAAUCCGAAGUCCGGCGUCUGGUCGAGGAAGCUCGAAUACGCGCCACCAACAUCUUGACCGAAAGGCGGGCGGAACUGGAAAUCUUGACCCAAGCCCUGAUCGAAUACGAGACAUUAACCAAGGAGGAAAUGGAGAAGGUCUUGAAGGGUGAAAAACUCCAAAAGCUGGAGGCGCCACCCAUCCUGACAGGGCCGCUCACGUUACCGGAGGCCCUCCAAUCGCCCAGUCUCAAUUCUUCCACCACGGCUGAUCCGCAGCAGCCCCCGACAUCAUCCGCAGGGCAGUCUGCUGAAGAGUAA